GCCUGCGCAUUUUCUGGGAAGCGGCGUCGCUAGGGGACCAAGUUUGUUCCGUUUCCACGCGGGGGGGUCUCGGUUUGCUUCGGUUAACGCGGCGGAGGCGGUUUCACUCCGGGAGUUCUCGGCGUGCCAUUCGGUACCGGGCGAUGUCUGGGCCCUGAAGGCGGCGGGAUGCAGCGGGUCACGGAUCUCGGGCAGAAGGAGCGCGGCCGGAUCUGGCACCGCAAGCCCAGUGCCUCGGCGGGCGACGGUGUCAUAGUAAAUGUUGUUCAUAAUGUGGUGGGCUAUCCCUCGAAGAUCAUUCGAUUCCUUCACGUUGCAUUUGAUACUGCAGGCGAAGCCUUUCUUGCUGGUGAUCACCAGGGCAAUAUCUAUGUCUUUGACUUGAGUAGGAAUAGCUUUAAACUGGUGCAGCGAACUGGGCAGGCAUGUACAGCAUUAGCUUACAACCUCCGAAGGAAUACAGAGUACUUGGUCGCUCUAGCAGAUUAUUCUGUGAAAUGCUUCGACACAGAGACUAAAGAGCUGGUGAGCUGGAUGAAGGGACACGAGUCAACAGUUUCAUCCAUUUCUGUUGAUGGAUCUGGAAGAUAUGCUAUCACUACAUCAGUUGAUACAGCUCAACUCUGGGACUUGGAUACAUUCCAGCGAAAGAGGAAGCUAAAUGUGAACUCGUCUGUUGGCAUUCAGAAGGUUUAUUUCCUUCCACUGAGUAAUACAAUCCUUAGUUGUUUUAAAGAUGAUUCUGUCUUUGCCUGGGAAAGUGAUACACUCCAUUGCAAGUACCAAUUGCCAGUUCUAGAUGAAUCCCGGAUACAUUAUAAAUCCUUUGCUGUCACCAGGGAUGGUCGAGUUUUAGUAGCAGGAGGAAAAUCAAAUUUUCUUCAUCUCUGGUGCCUGACCACGAGACAGCUGCAGCGGAUAAUUCAGAUGCCACCAAAGGUGCGAACAAUUCGCCAUCUUGAAUUUCUCCCUGAUACUUUUGAUGGUGGAUCAAGCCAGGUUAUUGGAGUACUGAGCCAGGAUGGCAUCAUGAGGUUCAUCAACAUUCAGACUUGCAAGCUCCUCUUUGACAUUGGAAGCCUUGAUAAUGGAAUUAGCACUGCAACAGUCAGUCCAAAUGGACGUUACAUUGCAGCUGUCCUAGAGGAUGGCAGUCUUACCAUUUACAGUGUCAGAGCUUUAUCACAGGAAAUAAAUAAGCCACCACCUCCACUGGUUAAAAUUGUUGCAGACAGGGAGAAGACUGAGGAUUCUAAAAAUGGGAGUGUUCCAUCUGGCCUGAAAAUGCGAGUGACAUCUGGAAAAGUAGAAAGACCUAGGAGGGGAAAGUCAGCCGGGAGGGAAGUCCAGGCUAGGAUCCUAAAACCAUCUGGCACCAUCUUGGAGGACAAAGAGAACAUGCUUCCAGCAGGUCUUAAUAAAAAGCGGCUGCGGGCUCUGCUGAAAGAAUUUGGAGAAUAUCCAGAGAAGUACAGGAUGUUUAUUUGGCGUUCUUUGCUACAGCUGCCUGAGAACCAUGCAGCCUUCAGUAGCCUCACCGACAAGGGUACACAUCCUGCCUAUCUAGGAAUACAUGAAAAAUAUCCCAUCAAAAGUCGAAAGCUUCUAAGAAUUCUUCAACGGGUAUUGUCAGCCAUGGCUCAUUGGUCAACCAUCUUUAGUGAGGUCUCUUAUCUUCCACUACUAGCAUUCCCAUUUGUAAAACUCUUUCAGAACAACCAGUUGAUUGGGUUUGAAGUUGUUGCUACAAUUAUAGUAAACUGGUGCCAGCACUGGUUUGAAUAUUUUCCAAAUCCUCCAAUAAAUCUCCUGGGCAUGAUUGAGAACAUUCUGGCUCACCAUGACAAGGAACUGCUGCAGCAUUUGGUGAACUACAACAUAACCUCACAGUCCUAUGCCUGGCCUCUUCUUGAGACACUGUUCUCGGAGGUACUGACAAGAACCGAAUGGCUGAAGCUAUUUGAUAAUAUUUUUUCCAAUCAUCCGUCCUUCCUGUUGAUGGCAGUAGCAGCCUAUUUAAUCUGUUCUCGAGCUCCACUGCUUCAUUGCAAUAUAAAAGAAGACCUUGAGAAUUUCUUCCAUCACCGCAAUAACUUGGACCUCGAAGCCGUAAUCAAGGAAGCAUACCAUCUAAUGGAUACCACACCUGAGGAUGUCCAUCCCAAGUGUAUGCUGGAUGACUUUGUACCAUUAACCAAGGGCCAGUAUCCAAUAUUUAACAAAUAUCCAGAAUUUAUAAUUAACUAUCAGACUCAAGAACGAGAGAGGAUCUGGCGGGAAGAGCUGAAAUACUUAAAGGAAAGGCAAUUGGCACAUGAACUUCAGGCUGAGAGUGUCAGGAGGCAGGCUGAGAACGCUGCCUGGUAUCGGCAGCAGGAGUUACUCCAGGAAGCUGAGGAGCAGAGGAGAAGGAUCCUACAUGAAGAGGAGCAGAAGCUCGUGGAACAGAGAGUGAGACUUGCUGCUGUGAACCGUGAAUUGAAGAUAAAAGAACUUCAAGUGUUGGAUGCGGCACAAAGGCGCUUCCUGAAACAUCAGCAAGAACAACAGAAAUCUGAAUUGAGGCGGCUUGAUGAUGAGAUUGACAGAAAGAUUGCUCUCCGGGACAAGGAAACUGCUGCAUUAAUUCAAGACAUCGAAGUGAGAAAUAUGGAACUGGAGAUGCAAAAGCGAAUAUUUGAGCAACAACUUGCCAAGGAGCAAGAAGCCACAUCACGGGGUGUGAAAGGACAGCUGGGCAUCAACUGGAUCAAAGGCGAUAUCGAAGAACAAGAGUUUAAGAACCAGUUGGAAAUGGACCAACAUCCAGAUGUUGAGGAAUAUAAGAAUACUAUAGGGGAGCUAGCUGGAACCAAUCAGCUGUCUAACAAUGAGGACUGGCAAGCACAGAUGCUGAACAAACAAAGGGAAUACAGUUUGGAUCGGAAGAAAUCCCAGGGAGAGUUGGCACGUCUUGCCAGCGAGAGUAAAGAAAAAGAGGUCAAGCUGUUGGAUAUGAUGAAGGAACUUGAAGAUAAGCAGUGGGCAGAGGUUGCUCAACCACAAGUGUAUCAGCAAAGGAAAGGUGACGGUGCUGCUUGGAGGCGGCAGUUGUUGCCUGAUGGAGUGAAUGAAGGCAUGGAACUCGGUGAUCACACCCACAGAAACUCCCACGAUCCUUAUGUGAGGCUUUAUGACUCAAGAACCAAAGGUCUAACAAAGAGGGAACGGGAUCUAUUACUGGGCAGUGGGGACCAAAAGCAUGCCAGUUUGUGUUUGAAUGACAUGUCAUUGGAUUCUUCUAUUCAAUUGUCUUUAGACAGAGGAAGAAUGGAUCUGGAAAGAAAGGAGCGUGAAUUAAUGACUGGCGUACGAGAGCUAAGACAAAAGCUUGCAACACGGGCUCGUCAGAGAUAUUCAACCAACUCCCUCACAGACAGUACAACAUAGAGCAAUCAUGUCACUUAAUAAUGAAAACAGAAAAUCCUGGAACACUCAGCAGGUCAGGCAGAAUCUGUUUGAGAGACACAAAUUUUAACAUUGCAGGUCAAAGACCCUUUGUCACAUUUGCGGCUAUUUUUUUAUUUUCAUGUUAUUUAAUAACUUGAGUCCAUUUAUUGACAUUUUUUAUUAUACUUGUAUUGAUUUCUCUUCUAAUUUGAUCUGAUUAAGAUCAAAAUUAAGGUUUGAUUUUGUAGCUAUGUACAGAAUUGUUGAACUAUGCAUAUCAUGUAAUUCAUUGGACAAAAUUGGGGAAUUUUUUAAAGUUUGCUUAUUUUGAAAAUAGUUAUCCUUUUAUGCUUGUAAUUAAAGUCUUAUUUUUAUCCCAUUGUCCCAUUGGAAGGAAUUUUAAUGAGAUUCUAUCAGUGGCCACAGUUCAGGCCUUAACUGGCUGAUGUGGGCGUACAGAUUUAGGACACCUGGGAACCAAUUAGUCUCAGGACAUUACUUGUCAGGUGAGGGGUGGAAUCAGCAGCGUUGAGUUGGUUGUGAAGAGAUUGUAAAUAAAGCAAAUAGCACACUGCACUUAGUUAAUGGGGUUUUGUUUCAGAAAACUGUGUCUGUGCCAUAGCCAUUUCUGAAACGUCAGCCUCUGCAGUGGGCAUAACACGGAAAUCCCAAUGAACUUCAAGUUUUAACACUGCUGGGCUCUAUUUAUUUAGUGUGGUGGAGGAGGCUGCUGCUUGCUGAGGGGAGCCAGUCUAUGGCUCUAUCUGCCUCCCUCUCCCUUCUUUGUGGACACAUCCAAUUCUUAUUUAGCCUGUACUAUGACGCACCCAGUCAGGUAAUUAACUCGAUGAUUAACGCUCAGCUGCACUGCUCGAAAAAGCUCAUACAGGAAGCAUGUCAUUAAGGUAGAAAGGGUGCAGAAAGGAUUCACGAGGAUGUCGCCUGGACUGGAGGGCUUAAGUUGUAAGGAUAGGCUGAGGCAACAAAUACUCUGCUGGAGGUACUCAGCGAGUCAAGCAGCGUCUGUGGGAGGAAAGCAAUUGGGUUGAAACUCUGCAGACCUUUCCUCCCACAGCUGCUGCUUGACCACCUGAGCUCCAGCAGAUUUGAGCUCCAGAUUCCAGCAUCUGCAGCCUCUUGCGUCUCCUCUGGAUAGGCUGGAACCGUUUUCCCUGGGGUGAAGGAGGCUGAAUGGUGACCUUAUGGAGGUUUAUAAAAUCACAGGGGGCAUAGAUAGGGUGAAUGGUGACAGUCUUUUUCCCAGGGUAGGGGAGACCAAAACUAGAGGGCACAGAGUUAAAGGGAAAGGGGAAAGAUUUAAAAGGGACCUGAGCGGCAAGUUUUUCACACAGAAGGUGGUGGAUAUAUGGAACAAGCUGCCAGAGGAUGUGGUAGAAGAGGGUACAAUUACAUUUAAAAGACGUAUAGUUGGUACAUGGAUAGGAAAGGCUUAGAGGAAUAUGGACCAAAUGCAAGCAAAUUGCAAGCAAAUUGGGCAUCACAAGAUCACAAGACAAAGGAGCAGAAGUAGGCCAUUUGGCCCAUCAAAUCUGCUCCAUGAGUAAGCUAAUACUAUUUCUCUCUAGCCCCAAUUUCCGGCCUUAUCCCCAUAUCCCUUGAUACCUUGACUAAUUAGAUACCUAUCAAUCUCCUCCUUAAGUGCCCCCAAUAAUUGGGCCUCCACAGCUGUAUGUGGCCACGAAUUCCAUAAUUUCACCACCCUCUGGCUAAAGAAAUUUCUCCUCAUUUCUGUUUUAAACUGGUACCCUCUAAUUCUAAGAUUGUACCCUCCGGUCCUGGACUCACCCACCAGGGGGAACAGCUUAACCACAUCUACUCUGUCUCGUCCUUUCAAUAUUCUAAAUGUUUUUAUGAGGUCCCCUCUCAUUCUUCUGUACUCCAAUGAAUACAGCCCAAGAGCUAACAAACGCUCAUCAUAAGUAAGCCCUUUCAUUCCAGGAAUCAUCCUCGUAAAUCUUUUCUGAACCCUCUCCAACAUCAGUACAUCCUUCCUAAGAUAAGUGGCCCAAAACUGUGCACAGUACUCCAAAUGAGGCCUCACCAAUGCCCCAUAGAGCCUCAUCAACACUUACUUACUUUUAUACACUAUACCUCUCGAUGAAUGCCAACAUAACAUUCGCUUUCUUUACCGCCGAUCCAACCUGGUGGUUAACCUUUAGGGUAUCCUGCACGAGUACUCCCAAGUCCCUUUGUACUUCUGUACUUUGAAUUUUCUCCCCAUCUAGAUAAUAAUCUGCCCAUUUAUUUCUUUUUCCAAAGUGUACAACGGCACAUUUCUCAACAUUGAAUCUCAUCUGCCAUUUCUUUGUCCAUUACCUUCCUAUUCCUUCAAUACUCCCUACUCCUCCACCUAGCUUGGUGUCAUCUGCAAACUUAGCCGCAAAACCAUUCACUCCAUCAUCCAAAUCAUUAAUGUACAAAGUAAAAAGAAGCGGCCCCAACACCGACCCCUGCGGAACACCACUAGUAACCAGUAGCCAACCAGAACAGGAUCCCUUUAUUCCCACCCUUUGCUUUCUGCCAACCAGCCAAUGCUCCACCCAUUCUAUUACCCUACCUGAAAUCCCAUGAGCUCUCAUCUUAUUAAUCAGCCUCUUGUGCGGCACCUUGUCGAAGGCCUUUUGAAAGUCCAAAUAUACAACAUCCGCAGCCUCUCCCUUAUCCACCCUACCUGAGAUUUCCUCAAAAAACUCCAAUAGGUUGGCCAGGCAGGAUCUUCCCUUCACAAAACCAUGCUGGCUUGGACCUAUCUUGCCUUGCACCUCCAGGUAUUCCAUAACCUCAUCCUUGAGGAUCGAUUCCAAUAACUUACCCGCCACUGAUGUCAGACUAAUAGGUCUGUAAUUUCCUUUAUGCUGCCUCCCACCCUUCUGAUACAGCGGAACUACAUUUGCGACCGUCCAGUCCUCCGGAACCAUGCCGGAGUCUGUCGAUUCCUGGAAAAUUAUCACCAAUGCCUCUGCAAUCUCUGAAGCCACUUCUUUCAGAACCCGGGGUGUACCUCAUCAGGUCCAGGAGACUUAUCUGCCUUUAGUCCAUUUAGCUUCCCGAGCACUUUCUCUCUAGUAAUCUUAACUGAAUUCAGUUCUAUCCCCUGAGAUCCCUGACUAUUCGGUAUAUUGCUGGUGUCCUCCUCAGUGAACACUGAUGCAAAAUACUCAUUUAGUUCCUCUGCCAUCUCUCCGUUAUCCAUUAUAAUCUCUCCUGCAUCAUUUUCAAUUGGUCCUAUAUCAACCUGUGUCUCUCUUUUACUCCUCAUAUAUUUAAAAAAAACUGUUGGUAUCUUUUUGAAUGUUAUCUGCCAACUUCCUUUCAUAAUUCAUCUUUUCUUUCCUAAUGACCUUCUUAGUUUCUUUCUGUAAGUUUUUAAAAGUUUCCCAGUCUUCUGUUUUCCCACUAAUUUUUGCUUACUUGUAUGCCCUCCCUUUUGCUUUUAUUUUAGCCUUCACCUCUCGUUAUCCACAUUUGUGCUAUUUUUCCAUUCAUAACCUUUUUUCUUGGAAUAUAUCUAUGCAUCUUGGUCAGCAUGUACAAGUUGGGCUGAAGGUCCUGUUUCCAUGCCGUAUAAUUCUAUGACACUAUAAAGCUUGCUGUCAUUGCCUGGCAGAUGCUGAAGUCAGCAGCAGAUUAGAAACCAAGCCCUUGUUAUGUUGCCCUGGCAGUCCUCUCAGUCUUCGAUAUGAUUUCCAGGUCCCCUUCAUCUUGAAGGAAGGUGCUAGGAAGACUUGGUGUUGUUCUAGUAGCUUUUGUCACGUUGAUAGUCUGGGACUCCUUUCAAAGAAUAAACCAAGUCUUCAGUAUCAUGUGAUAGGGUAGAUAUUGAGAUAAUCCAAAGUUUAAACUCCAAAUCCUCCUCAGUAAGCCUCAGACAUUUUAAAAAUCCAAUAUUACAUUAAGUGGCCUGGUCCUCUGGUUACUACACUGGAGAUGGGAUAUCAAUGCAGAUUGUCAUUGUUAGAUUAAGAAGGGAGCCAGAAAUUACACAGAGUAAUUAAAAUUGUGUGUGUGCAGGAGAGUUGAGUUGAAGGAGUGGAGAAAUCUCAGAGGAUUGAAGGGCUGGAAGAGAUGACAGAGGUAGGGAAGAAAGAUUGGAAAGCAAGGAAGUGAAUUUUAAAAUUGAAAUGUUGCUUGCCCAGAAGACAUUAGAUUAACAAGCAUGGGUAAUGGGACUCAGUGCAGCAAGGAUUUGGAUGUGCAGAUGUUUAUGGAGCCCUUUUUUAUAAAAUCAUUUUUGCUACACACCACGGAAUUGUGUCCCCAUUGUCCAUAUCCCAGAAGAGAGCUUUAAGAUUUAUUGCUUAGACGUUCACAUACUGUGGCCUGACUCUUGUAGAUGUGCUUUCCUGAUUAAAUCUUUUCUGCUACUCCAAAAUUGUAAAACCAUAACCUUUCUCAAUUACUGAUGUGUGGAGACUUAAAGCUAAACACAGUGUAUGUCUCCAAAACUUGUUAGAAGUGAGAAAGUUUGACCAGGUAGAUCCAAAGAUGCCAUUUCCUCUAGCUGGAGAGUCUUGAACUAGGGGAUAGAGUCUCAGGAUAGGGGUCAGCUAUAUAGAACUGAGAUAAGAAGUUUCUUUGCAAGAAAGUUGUGAAUCUUUGGAAUUCUCUAUCCAAGAGGGCCUUGGAUGCUUAAUUAUUGAGUACAUUCAAUGCCAAAAGUGAUAGACCUUUGAACUUCAAAGGAAAUCUAGGGGUAUGGGGAUGAGGUUUGACGAGAUUCAGAUUUAUCUUUUUGAAUGGUGAGGCAGCCUUCGGGGUGGUAUUGUUUUCUGCACUUGUACUUAAAUAAUAAAUAAAUCAUAGGUCUAUGAUUGUCCUGAAAAAUACUUAGCUUCAUUACUGGGAGAUCCUCAACCUUCUUCAAAGAACUAAUGUGGAAAAACAACAUACACAACAUUGUAGAACUGUAGAUAAGCAAACGGACUUGGUCUUCAUGUACACAAACGCCUGAAGGCCAGUUGAUGGGUUCUUAAAAGGAUUUCUAAUUAUAUUCAAACCACUGUUUAGGCUUCAACCAGAGUAUUGUGGACAAUUCUAGGCACCAAUUUUAGGGAAAGAUGCAAAGACCUCAGUAAAACUUGUGUCUGCUUUCUAAGGUGUUACUGGGAACUUCAGUUGUGAGAAGGUGGUAGGGGGAAGUUUGCAACAGAAUUGGUUUAGAGAUUUCAGAAGGAUAAUUUCUAAUGAAGAGACGUGAUUUCAUCUGGUAAGCCAAUAACCAGAGAUCACAGAUUUAACAUAGUCAGCAAAAGAUCUCGAGGGCGGAUGAGAAGUAUUUUUCCAGUGUUGUCAGGAUUGAAAACACUCACUGAAAGAUAGUGGAGGUUGUCUUCAGGGAAAAAAUUUAUAAGAUCCCUAAGGAACCGAUGGCAUUCCAGCCUGGAAACAUCUGUAUGACUCUUCAAAAGAGCCAGGAUUUGUGAUGGGAAUGGCCUCUGUGAUAAAGUUUCAAAAAAACAUCCCCAGGAGCAGGUACAUUAACUGGAUGGUGUUAAAGUUGACAAUGCAUUCUGAUCCUCUGCAACAUUUAGUCACAAACGAGAUGUGUUUCCAUCUACUGUCAAUUACUCCUUUCAA